GCUCAGAGGGAAUCGGCGCAGGACCCCCUCGGAGGAAGUGACGUCACGCCCGAGGGCACGCGCGCAGGAGCUACCUUCCGCUUCCAGGUGAGAGGUGGUCGCCAUGGCGGUGCUGGCUUCGAAUCCCAACAACCCGGUGGUGUUUUUCGACAUCACCAUCGGAGGCCAGGAGGUGGGCCGCAUGAAGGUGGAGCUCUUCGCCGAUGUGGUGCCCAAGACGGCGGAGAACUUCAGGCAAUUUUGCACAGGUGAAUUCAGGAAAGACGGCGUUCCAAUCGGUUACAAAGGCAGUACAUUCCACAGGGUUAUAAAGGAUUUCAUGAUCCAGGGAGGUGAUUUUGUCAAUGGAGACGGCACCGGUGUGGCCAGCAUCUACCGGGGCCCCUUUGCCGAUGAGAACUUCAAGCUGAAACACUCGGCGCCUGGCUUGCUCUCGAUGGCAAACAGCGGUCCCAGCACCAAUGGCUGCCAGUUCUUCAUCACGUGCUCCAAGUGCGACUGGCUGGAUGGGAAACACGUCGUGUUUGGUAAAAUAAUUGAUGGCCUGCUUGUCAUGAGGAAAAUUGAAGCCUGUCAUCUUGGACCAUCACCACUUCCCGAUUGCUUCAUCCUUGCUUUGAUCUUCUGCCUCAUCCAUUCCAAGCUUUUAUUUUUUUUUCCCUUCCCCAUGUAAAUAAAGACGAUUCUUUAA